AAUGGAUCCGGAGUCGCUGGAAUCGCUGGCCAAUCACAUGGAGAAGAUCCAGUUCGCUAUGGGUCAGGUUAAAGGCGUUCCCCUCCCGCAGGACACGUGUGACGUCUGGGACACCAUAUACGGCUUCCAGGCCCGGGAGGACGACAUUCUGGUGGCCACCUACCCCAAAGCGGGGACCACGUGGACGCAGGAGAUCGUGGACCUGAUACUCCAAGAGGGGGAUGCGGAGAAAGCUUCUCGGGCCCCCUGCUUUGUCAAAGUGCCGUUUAUCGACCUGAUUCUACCAAAGCCCAUGAAGUCAGGCCUAGAGCUUGCAGAAGAGCUAAAAUCCCCGCGUUUACUGAAAACGCACCUUCCGAUAGAGCUGCUGCCGCCUUCAUUCUGGGAGAAGAAUGUAAAGGUUGUAUACGUUGCAAGGAAUGCCAAGGACUGCAUGGUCUCCUACUUCCACUUCCAGAGGAUGAAUCAAGGUCUACCGGACCCCGGGAGCUGGAAUGAUUAUUUCUCAACAUUUCUUGCUGGACAAGUGCCGUGGGGGAGCUGGUUCGACCACGUCAUCGGCUGGUGGAAAGCGAGAGACAAACAUCAGAUACUGUUCAUGUUCUACGAGGACAUGAUCGAGGACCCCAUGCGCGAGAUUCGGAAGCUGGUGAAGUUUCUCGGCAGAGACCUCUCAGAAGAGGCUCUAGAGAAGGUAAAACAUCACAGCUCCUUCCAGGAGAUGAAGGCGAACCCGAUGACCAAUUUCAGCACGCUCCCUUCGGUUGUGUUUGACCAAUCCGUCUCGCCCUUUUUGAGGAAAGGCACGGUGGGCGAUUGGAAGAAUCACUUCUCGGUGGCCCAGAACAUCUUAUUUGACGAGGAAUACAAGAAGAGGAUGGAGGGCGUGGAUCUAACUUUCCGCACCGAGCUCUGAGAAGCCCGAUCAACCGGUCUAGAUUUUGUUGUUUAUUAAAAUACAAUCGCUUUUUUUUUUUUUUAUCCAUUUUUUUAUACAAAUGAGUUGAAUUUGAGAACUUUAAACUCCCCGUUGUUACAUUAUAUUUCCAAUAAACUUUAACUGGUUCUUAAAA